AUGGUAGGAGGCACUGUGCAGACCUGCAGAGGGACUGUUGCCUCUCUACAAGUGGACAUUGUUCCAAGCCAGGGGGAGAUCAGCGUUGGAGAAUCCAAGUUCUUCUUAUGUCAAGUGGCAGGGGAGGCCAAAUACAAAGACAUCUCCUGGUUUUCUCCCAAUGGAGAGAAGCUGACACCCAACCAGCAGCGCAUCUCAGUGGUGCGAAACGAUGACUUCUCCUCCACCCUCACCAUCUACAAUGCCAACAUCGAUGAUGCUGGCAUCUACAAGUGUGUUGUCAGCAGCACAGAGGAGGGGGACUCGGAGGCCACUGUCAAUGUGAAGAUUUUCCAAAAGCUGAUGUUCAAGAAUGCUCCCACUCCUCAGGAGUUCAAGGAAGGGGAUGAUGCUGUCAUUGUGUGUGAUGUGGUCAGCUCACUGCCUCCUACCAUCAUCUGGAAGCACAAAGGCAGGGAUGUUAUCCUGAAAAAAGAUGUCCGAUUCAUAGUGCUGUCCAACAACUACCUGCAGAUCAGGGGCAUCAAGAAGACGGACGAGGGGACGUACCGCUGCGAGGGACGCAUCCUGGCCCGCGGGGAGAUCAACUUCAAAGACAUCCAGGUCAUUGUAAACGUACCUCCUUCUGUGCGCGCCAGGCAGAGCACUAUGAAUGCCACUGCCAACCUCAGCCAGUCUGUCACCUUAGCAUGUGAUGCUGAUGGCUUUCCUGAGCCAACCAUGACGUGGACAAAGGAUGGAGAGCCCAUAGAAGAGGCUGAUGAUGAAGAGAAAUACAGUUUCAACUAUGAUGGCUCUGAGCUCCUCAUCAAGAAGGUGGAUAAGAGUGAUGAAGCAGAGUACAUCUGCAUUGCUGAGAACAAGGCUGGCGAGCAGGAUGCUACCAUUCACCUCAAAGUCUUUGCAAAACCCAAAAUCACUUAUGUGGAGAAUAAAACAGCCAUGGAGCUGGAGGAGCAGAUCACCCUGACCUGUGAGGCAUCUGGGGACCCAAUCCCUUCCAUCACUUGGAGGACUUCCACCCGGAACAUCAGCAAUGAAGAGAAGGCUUCGUGGACCCGGCCCGAGAAACAAGAGACCCUGGACGGGCGCAUCGUGGUGCGCAGCCAUGCCCGGGUGUCCUCCCUGACGCUGAAGGAGAUCCAAUACACCGACGCCGGGGAGUACGUCUGCACCGCCAGCAACACCAUCGGCCAGGACUCCCAGGCCAUGUACCUGGAAGUGCAGUAUGCUCCCAAGCUUCAGGGCCCUGUGGCUGUUUACACCUGGGAAGGGAACCAAGUGAACAUCACCUGUGAGGUGUUUGCUUACCCCAGUGCUGUCAUCUCCUGGUUCCGGGAUGGGCAGCUGCUUCCCAGCUCCAACUACAGCAACAUCAAGAUCUACAACACUCCAUCUGCAAGCUACCUGGAGGUGACACCAGACUCCGAAAAUGACUUUGGGAACUACAACUGCACUGCUGUGAACCGCAUUGGCCAGGAGUCCUCUGAGUUCAUCCUUGUGCAGGCAGAUACUCCGUCCUCUCCUUCCAUUGACAGAGUGGAGCCCUACUCCAGCACUGCCCAGGUGGAGUUCGACGAGCCCGAGGCCACGGGCGGAGUGCCCAUCCUCAAGUACAAGGCAGAGUGGAGGGCACUGGGCGAGGGGGAAUGGCAUUCCAGGUUGUAUGAUGCAAAAGAAGCAAACGUGGAGGGCAUGAUCACCAUCACUGGCCUGAAACCUGAGACCACCUACUCUGUGAGGCUGUCUGCAGUCAACGGCAAGGGUGUGGGUGAGCUCAGCCUGACCUCAGACUUCAAGACACAACCAGUUCGCAUCCCUCACUCACAAGGAGAACCCAGCGCACCCAAGCUGGAAGGGCAGAUGGGAGAAGAUGGGAACUCCAUUAAAGUCAACGUUAUCAAGCAGGAUGAUGGUGGCUCCCCAAUUAGACAUUACCUGAUCAAAUACAAGGCUAAGCAUUCCUCAGAAUGGAAACCAGAGAUCAGACUCCCAUCUGGCAGUGACCACGUCAUGCUCAAGUCCCUGGACUGGAAUGCAGAGUAUGAGGUGUAUGUGAUAGCUGAAAACCAGCAAGGGAAGUCCAAACCAGCUCACUACGCUUUCCGAACCUCUGCCCAGCCUACUCUCAUCCCAGCCAGCACCAGCCCUACGUCAGGCCUGGGGACUGCUGCCAUCAUAGGCAUCCUGAUUGUCAUCUUUGUGCUGCUGCUGGUGGCUGUGGAUGUCACCUGCUACUUCCUCAACAAGUGUGGGCUGCUGAUGUGCAUCGCCGUCAACCUCUGCGGCAAGGCCGGCCCCGGAGCCAAGGGCAAGGACAUGGAGGAGGGCAAAGCUGCCUUCUCGAAAGAUGAAUCCAAGGAGCCCAUCGUGGAGGUGCGGACGGAAGAGGAGCGGACCCCCAACCACGCCGGGGGCAAGCACACAGAGCCCAACGAGACCACCCCCCUGACAGAGCCAGAGCACCCUGCUGACACCGCAGCCACUGUUGAGGACAUGCUGCCUUCUGUCACUACAGGCACCACUAACUCUGACACUGUCACUGAGACCUUUGCCACUGCUCAGAACAGCCCCACCAGCGAGACCACCACCCUGACCUCCAGCAUUGCCCCUCCAGCCGCGGCCAUUCCUGACUCUAACUCCAUGUCUCCUGGCCAGGCUACUCCAGCCAAAGGGGCAGCCACCUCAGGCUCUUCACCACCACCCUCCUCCACCCCCAAAGUGGCUCCCCUUGUUGACCUCAGUGAUACUCCAAGCUCUGCUCCAGCCACUACUAAUUUGUCUUCGAGUGUCCUGUCCGGCCAAGGGGCAGUGCUCAGCCCCAGCGCUGUUGCUAACGUGGCUGAGACCUCCAAAGCAGCAGCUGGGAACAAGGCAGCUGCCCCAAGCCCUGCAAACCUCACUAGCUCCCCUCCAGCUCCAUCAGAGCCCAAGCAGGAGGCCUCAAGCACCAAGAGCCCCGAGAAGGAAGCUGUGCAGCCUGGGGCAGCGAAGAGCCCGACAGAGACAGCCAAGAACCCAAGCAAUGUGAAGAGUGAGGCUGCCCCAGGCAGUGCCACAAACCCCUCACAGAAUGAGGACUUUAAAAUGGACGAAGGGACCUUCAAGACCCCAGACAUUGAUCUUGCAAAGGAUGUUUUUGCAGCUCUUGGCUCCCCUACUCCUGCCAGUGUGGCGAGUGGGCAAGCUGCUGAGCUUGCUGCUUCCCCUGCAGACAGCUCUGUGCCUGCUGCACCUGCAAAAACCGAGAAGCCCCCAGUAGAAGACAAAUUGGAAGUGCAAGCAACAGAAGCCAAGAGCCCUCCAGCAGAAGUGAAGACGGUCCCCAAUGAAGCCACACAAACAAAUGAGAGUGAGAGCAAAGCAUGA